CUUGCCCUCCCGUUGAUCGAGUCAGUCAGCUGAUUGACUUCACGUAGUUUGUAAACAUGGGGUUGCCCCGUAAAUGUCUCACUUGGUGACUCGUUGGUGGUCGCACUUUUGUCGUGACGGCAAAAUGAAGUAGGUUCUGUGUCCAGUCAAACAUGGCACAGCACUACAAAAGUGAAAGAAGGGUCGUCAAAUUACUAAACGAGAGGCAGAGCAAGGACAAAUGCUUUGCUCAUGUUCAACGAAAGCUACAAGUCACUGACGAUCUUGUUGCGAGGCUUGGCCUUGAAGCAGAACUUGAGGGCCACACAGGAUGCGUCAACUGCCUGGAGUGGAAUCAGAGAGGAGAAAUCCUCGCCAGCGGUUCGGACGAUGUACAAAUCAUCCUCUGGGAUCCUUUCCGCCACCGUCGGCUCCAUACUGUACAGAGCGGACACCAUGGCAAUGUCUUCUCAGUCAAGUUCCUGCCUUACUCCGGGGACAGCAUGAUGGUGAGCGGUGCGGCGGACUUCAAGAUCCGGGUGCACGACGUGCAGGCCAAAGAGACGACAAUGGUGUGCAGCUGCCACACCAGCAGGGUCAAGCGGCUGGCCACCGCAGCCAGCGUGCCCUUCGUUUUCUGGAGCGCGGCCGAGGACGGGGUCAUUUUGCAGUUUGACUACCGGACGGCCCACCAGUGCUCCUCGGAGUCUGGCAACGUCCUGGUGAAUCUGGGCUACCACUUGGGGCGCAACGUGGAGGCCAAGUGCAUAGCGGUCAACCAACUGCAGCCCCACCUCCUGGCCGUCGGCGCCAACGACUCAUACAUCCGCCUCUACGACCGACGUAUGAUCAGCACCACAAAGCUCUGGAGGCAAACCAAUGCUUCGAGGUCAGAGACGGACGGCGAUAACCUCCCUCCUGGCUGUGUAACUUAUUUUGCUGCUGGCCACCUGCCUUUGAAGUACCCAAGGAAGCGGUUUCGUACGCUGGCCUCCACCUACGUUGCCUUCAGUCCCGACGGCAGUGAACUUCUUGCCAACCUUGGUGGCGAACAGAUAUACUUAUUUAACAUCAACCAACCUCGACAGCCCAAAAGCUUCGACCUCCAGGACUUCUCAUCUCUCCAUACGAAUGGGAUGUGCAAAAGUCUGUCAGAAAAUAGCAGCCCAGCCAAUGGGUUUAGCGCUCAUAAGAACGGGAUGUCCAAUGGAGUGGUAUCCAAUGGGAUGAAGCCCAAUGGCGUCGUCCCACCCACGGAAGCUUCCAAAGGCGUGUCCUCCUGUGCCAAGUGGGGGCCCAUGAGCAGCAAGCCUCUUCCACCGAGAGUGGAGGCCAUCAAGUGCAAGGCCAACGAGAAGUUUGGCAAGCAGAAGUACACCCUGGCCAUCAACCUGUACAACAAGGCGAUUCAGAUGGUGUCUGACUCGGCUGUGCUCUACUGCAACCGGGCGGCGGCAUUCAUGAAACGGGCAUGGGACGGCGACAUGUACGCGGCGCUGCGCGACUGCCAUGUGUCGCUCCAGCUGGAGGCCGGAUACGUGAAGGCCCACCUCCGACUGGCGCGCUGCCUUUACGAGCUGCGCUGGACCAAUGAGGCCAUCGACUGCUUGCAGGCCUUCAAGCUGCGCUUCCCAGACUAUGCCACGGGCCAGGCUUGCCAGGCGCUCGAGAGGGACAUCAAGAGGGCCAUCUUUUCCAGGAGCGAAAUAGCCUUUGCAGACUUUGAAGAGGGUAGCCGGUCAGAAUCUCAGAGCUCCAAUGGCAGCGCCAACUCGAGCCCCAAGCACAAGCGGCAGCCUCAGAUAUCGGAGCAGGAAAAGACCUGGCGGUCCCUGGCCUACGAUUACGAGCUGCGGUACUGUGGCCACUGCAACACCACCACGGACAUCAAGGAAGCAAACUUCUUCGGAAGUGCGGGCCAGUACGUGGUGGCGGGCUCGGACGACGGCUCCUUCUUUGUUUGGGACAAGCAGAGCACCAACCUGGUGCGGGUAAUGCGUGGGGAUGACUCGAUCGUCAACUGCCUGCAGCCCCACCCCAGCACCUGCUUGCUGGCGACCAGUGGCAUCGACCCCGUGGUGAGGCUAUGGAGCCCCAAGCCAGAGGACGGCAGCAAGGAAGACCGCGAGGUGGUGGACUCGGAAGACGCAGCGGUCGCCAACCAGCGUCGCAUGAAUGCCGACCCCUUGGAGGUGAUGCUCAUGAACAUGGGUUACCGCGUUCCGGGACUUCUCGAGUCGGACGAGGCGGAGGUCGACGGACGCGGCGCCGAAGCCAACAUAGUCUCCUGCAGGCCCAGCUAGGACCCGGUCGACAUUUCCCUGCCACCACAAGCUGUGCCCAGAUUCAUUGCCAAGCCAGCACUUUGAAGCGCACGCCCGUUGCCUCGUUUCUCUGUGCACGACAAAAAAAAAAAAAAAGAAAAAGCACCUCGGUCAUUACUUUGGGGGCUGCCGCCGUCUCGAGGUGCGAAAUUGAAAUAAAUUGUACGGUGCUUACGGACGAGUACGGAAGAGUGCUAUAAGCCGCUUCUGUCAUGCCCUCCUCUUUGUGGUAUUCGGUUUUAAAAACUGUUAACUGCUUGCUUGCUUGGCAAAAGAUGUGCCACCAUGGCAAAGUACUUUUUGGUGUGCACUAUCCACGGCGAAGUGGUAUGUGUACUAACGAGCAGCAACAUGCGUUGGUGCGCCAAGUUUGUAUGUCGCAAGACAUCUGGAUUUUUUGUUUUGUUUGCCUAAACAAUUUGCCACAAGAUGUAGGACCAUGCAUUUUUAAUUUAACACGCGACAAAGUCGACGGUUGUUUGCUAGGGCAUGACGUGGGCAGGCCACGGCUUUUGCUGACACUGAAACUGGGCACCAGAGCCAACAGAAUGCAUGUUUUCUUUUUGGAAUGCAUAAAGUGAGCUUUAGAUGGAUAAUCUAUUAGUGUGUUACGAAGUGGAAGCAAUUGCAUGCAUUCUGAUGGCUCCCAAUUUCCUUUGUAGCUCUAGCCUCGUCCCUCCCCAAAGCCGACUCCAAGGUUGUCGAAAAUCGGAGGUUGCUAAGCACUGUACAUACAGCCGAAGUAUUAUUUUAUGAAUUUCCUAAGACAGAACUUUUAACAUUGCAUGAAUUGUGAGUGGAAGACGUAGAACUAACGUCUCAAAAAUCUUCUCGUCUUUUUUCUUUUGUUGAGGCGUUUGUGGCAUACCAGUAGCGCAAUUGAGCGAGUCUUCCCGCAUUUCUGUGUUCUUAGUUUUCUCUUGCGCAUAGAAAAACGAGCGGAACAAAAUCAUGUUCAACGUCCCGUGGAGACUAUGCACCCAUAGCUAGCACUGGCAUUCUUUUUGCACUGCAAGAUUCAGUAAAAAUAAUAGAGAGAACAUGAAGGUCCCUGGUUUCUGGCUCAAGGUGUUGGAUUACUUUGUAAGAUACCUCGACCCAACUACUUUUGUUGCUGUUGUCUUAAUAAAAGCAUAAACAUACA